CCCGGCAGCUGCUGCCGCUCGCAAAGGGCAGGGGCGGACGGAAGAGCCGGAGCGGAGCACUGCGGCAGCGGGGAGCCCCGAGGGCUUCCCUGCCUCUCUGGGUUUGGGGACCGGGCGCUUGUAGCCCGCGCAUCCUCCCCGCCUGGGGCCCGGCAUGGAGCCCUGGAAGCAGUGCGCCCAGUGGCUGAUCCACUGCAAGGUGCUGCCGCCCAACCAUCGAGUGACCUGGCCCACGGCUCAGGUGUUCGACCUGGCGCAGACCCUCCGCGAUGGGGUCCUGCUCUGCCAGUUGCUCAACAACCUGCGCAGCCAAUCCAUCAACCUGAAGGAAAUCAACCUCAGGCCUCAGAUGUCCCAGUUUCUCUGCUUGAAGAAUAUAAGAACAUUCCUUUCAGCAUGUUGUGAGAUAUUUGGGAUGAAGAAAAGUGAACUUUUUGAAGCAUUUGAUUUGUUUGAUGUGCGAGAUUUUGGAAAGGUCAUAGAAACACUAUCAAAACUUUCUCGCACUUCUGUGGCAUUAGCAACAGGAAUAAGGCCAUUCCCCACAGAAGAAAGUGUUGAUGAUGAUGAAGAUAUCUACAAAGGCCUUCCUGAUUUACUAGAUGAAAGUGGUGGCGAUGAGGAUGAAGAGUUAUAUGAUUGUGUCUAUGGAGAAGAUGAAGGUGGGGAAGUAUAUGAAGACUUAAUGAAAGAUGAAGCCGCACAUCAACCUAAAUGUACUGAAAAUGACAUAAGAAGCUGUUGCCUUACUGAAAUAAAACAGACUGAAGAGAAAUACACUGAGACUUUGGAGUCAAUAGAGAAAUUUUUCAUGGUGCCAUUGAAAAGGUUUCUGUCCGCAUCAGAGUUUGAUAUAGUGUUCAUCAACAUUCCUGAAUUGGUGAAAACCCACAGAAGUCUAAUGCAGGACAUUUUUGACUCCAUUGUAAACAAAAAUGACCAGAACCUGUAUCAAAUUUUUAUUAACUACAAGGAAAGAAUGGUUAUUUAUGGGCAGUACUGCAGUCAAGUGGAGACAGCCAUAUCCUGCUUAGACAACAUCUCUAAGACAAAAGAAGAUGUUAAAUUGAAGCUAGAGGAAUGUUCCAAGAGGGCCAACAAUGGGAAAUUUACUUUGCGGGAUCUUCUAGUGGUUCCUAUGCAACGAGUUCUGAAAUAUCAUCUGCUGCUGCAGGAACUGGUGAAGCACACUACUGACCCAAAUGAGAAGGAAAAUCUGAAGCUGGCACUUGAUGCAAUGAAGGACUUGGCUCAAUAUGUAAACGAAGUGAAGAGAGAUAAUGAAUCCCUCCGUGAAAUUAAACAGUUUCAGUUAUCAAUAGAGAAUUUGAACCAUUCUCUCUUAAUGUAUGGAAGACCACAAGGUGAUGGUGAAAUAAGGAUAACUACAUUAGACAAACGUGCAAGGCAAGACAGGCAUAUCUUCUUAUUUGAUUUAGCUGUAAUUGUGUGCAAACGGCGAGGUGAUAAUUAUGAAAUGAAGGAAAUAAUAGAUCUUCAGAAGUACAAAAUCACAAAUAAUCCCACUACUGAUAAAGAAAAUAAAAAGUGGUCUUAUGGCUUCUACCUCAUCCACAUACAAGGACAAAAUGGGUUGGAAUUUUAUUGCAAAACGAAGGAUUUGAAGAAAAAGUGGCUUGAGCAGUUUGAAAUGGCACUAUCCAACAUAAGACCGGACAAUGCAGAUACAAAUUUUCAUGAGUUCAAAAUGCACACCUUCACUCGUGUCACAUCCUGCAAAGUCUGUCAAAUGCUUCUGAGAGGAACAUUUUAUCAAGGCUAUUUAUGUUCUAAGUGUGGAGCUGGGGCGCACAAAGAAUGUUUAGGGAGAUUAGACAAUUGUGGCAGAGCUAAUUCAGGUGAACACGGAACCCUGAAACAUGAGAAAAGAACUAAUGGAAUUCGAAGAAACUCCAGACAGAUGGACUCAGGUUUACCAAAAAUGCAAGUCGUUAGAAACUACAAUGGGGUACCACAGCCAGCUCUACAUGAUGGCCCACCAUUACACAUCCAGACUGGAGACACUAUUGAACUCAUCAAAGGAGAUGCACAUAGCAGGUUUUGGCAGGGUAGAAAUCUAGUCACAGGGGAGCUUGGCUACUUUCCAAGUGAUGCCGUAAAGCCUUGCCCAUGCGUGCCUAAACCAGUAGACUACUCUUGCCAACCAUGGUAUGCAGGAGCAAUGGAGAGGCUGCAAGCUGAGAGUGAACUUAUUAACAGGGUAAACAGAACUUACUUGGUGCGACACAGGACCAAAGAAUCAGGAGAAUACGCAAUAAGCAUUAAGUACAAUAACGAAGUGAAACACAUCAAGAUUUUAACAAGAGAUGGCUUUUUUCACAUUGCAGAAAAUAAGAAAUUUAAAAGUUUAAUGGAACUUGUAGAGUACUACAAGCACCACUCUCUCAAAGAAGGUUUCCGAAGUUUGGAUACGACUCUUCAGGUUCCAUACAAGGAAUCUGAAAAUUCAGAUGAACAAAGGAGUAAUAAAGCAAGCAGUAACUUGCUAAGUCCAAAAGCAAUAGGCAUAGCCAUUGCCCGGUAUGACUUCUGUGCAAGAGACAUGAGAGAACUGUCCUUACUGAAAGGUGAUGUGGUAAAAAUUUACACAAAGAUGAGUGCUAAUGGCUGGUGGAGAGGUGAAGUAAAUGGAAGGGUGGGCUGGUUUCCAUCAACCUAUGUUGAAGAAGAUGAAUGAAUUGAACACUUACUAUGCACUGUUGACCAGAAAUUUCAGGGACUGUGGAAUACAACAAUCUGCAAAGCAUUAUUAGUCUUGUUAAGUAUUUCAAAAGCAGCAUUUUCUCUCUGUCCAAACCCUCCAGUUUUAUUGUUGGAAUUUCUACAGAAGUUUGUGCUGACAGAUUAAUGGUUUGCCCAGAGCUAUGCAAGAAACAGUCUGCCAGUUUGCCAUCAUCGGGGACCAGUAUAAAGCCCAAACCUCACCUUCCCAGACGAUCCUUGCAAAACAGAUUUCUUUAUGCUGCUUUUCAUGCGGUGGUACACAGCAAAUGCUACCUAUUGGUAAAUGUUUAAUACAUCUUUUUUUUCUAGUAGCUAACAUCUGUGAUGGUAGAAGGAGGAGAUGAAGGCUUAUUACUCGUUAUCACUGCAUACAGAAAAAGGAAAGUUCAGUCACGCCAGUGGGCAUGAAGUAAAGUCAGUAUUACCUGUCUUGAAACAUCAAGCAAUGUUACUUAUCACAUAACAAACAGUUGUGCACUCAUCAAACCAUUCUGAGAAAAAUAGAAAUGUAGUAAAUAUUAAUAGCCUUCUCUUCCAAGGUACAUGCGUGGGAUAAUUAUAACAGAUUUGAAGUCCUGCCUAAAUUUUCAAACAACUUGUUUUUAUGACAGCAGUUUUAAAAAGGGGAGUGUUACUUAGUGUGGUUCUGCUAGAAAAAAUGACUGUAAAAUGGGAUUGUGGCGCUCUCUUUUUGUUUUGUUGUGCGCUCCAAAGCUAAUUUUACUCAGUUUACAAAUAAGCAACUAACUAUGUAAACACAACUAGGAAUCUUAAAGACAAAACGUGUUCUUUAUAGCUCAUGUAUCAUCAGUAGUUUAAACAUGUUGUAGGUCAUAUUCUGCCUAUAAUGUGGCAGAUUUGGCUUUGCAGUAGGAAUUUAGUUAACAGUUCCUUUCCUGUGUGAGCACAAAAAGAAUCCCGCUCACUGUCCCAUAAGUGUAUUGGCUCUGCAGGGCUGAAAGAAUUAAAUAGUAAUAAAAAUAUAUUUUUGGAGCAAAGCAAGGAGAUUUCACCCUAAAUACACACAGGAACCGAUCUACUGGGAAAGAAGGUAUCAUUUUUAAGGGUAGUACUGCACUUACCUUAAACUAUUGGCACUUUUGUAUUUUAGUUUUGGAAGCUUUCUACAUCAGGUCUCCAUGAAGGGAUUUUUCUCUUUCCCUUGCUAGCAAAUGAGAGCAUGUAUCAUCCAGUGUAUACCUUCUUGAUCAUCAGGGCAUGGUAAAAGAAUCUCUUAAAGAUUUUUUUUUUCUUCUGUUGCCUGCCUUUCUGUUUUUCAGGACACUAACCCUGAUUGCUACUUCUCUCCCAGAGUGGCAGUGAUGUUAUGGCAAUGCAGUGGUAGGGACUGUUCCUUCCACAAUGUAUGCAUAAGUGUCUAUUAUCCUAAGAAAAAGAGCCCCCAAGUUAGCAUGAAAGCCUGUAAGCUUGGUGUCAGGCAUGAGCAAGUGAUACCUGUCCUUUGAGAUCCAGAAUUUUAAUGAAGUUUGAAAGGCCUGGGUCACAGAAGAAAAAGUUGAAACAAGUGUUAGUGGUGAUGUUGUACAGGUGUGAAUAUACAAUUGUUAAUAUUUAGCUAAUCUCUUACCUGUAAAAUUUGGGCUAAACAAAAUGUUCCUGCAUAUAUAAAAUUCUGAACUGCAUUUUUCCUGUGUGUGACACUCUCCUCCUUCCAGCAUAAAACGCAGGAGAAUCCAUUCCCACAAUGUGCACACAGACCAGCAAUACAGCCCCUUUGCAACUGCUAUCCACCCCAUAGACUACAUAAUAUCCAAUGAUCCUCCACAGAAUGAGCACAUACCCCAACUCCCCUCCCUUGGGCUGCUCCUCCCCUCCCCCGUGGUCCCCACUUUUAUGCUCAACUAUUUGUGGCCAGCACAGGCAUCCCAUUCACAUCCUGGGGGGGUUGCAGAGACACACACAUACCUAUGCAGCCAUUCCUUCCACACAUUGCAUCCUGCAGGCAGCCCCUUUGCAGGGCCGAGUGGUGCAGCGAGCCUCUCAGAAAUUCUCUGCAGAUGGGUGAAUUUUAACCUUAGGGAUGAAUCUCCGCCAAAGUAGCAUCGUUCAGGGAGUUUACCUCAAAAUUAUGUAACUGUGAUUGAGUUGAAUACAUUAUUUGAUGGAACUGAUUUAGAGCAUUUGUAAAUGUGUAAAUGAUUCCUAAAAGAUAUUUUAUAAAGUGAUCUGUACAGCAGUUUAGACUUGGGUAUGUUGUCUGGUUAUAUUUUGCCAUGCAAUAGUAUUAUGUGUUGUGGGCCUGAUCCUAUACUCCUUAAGUGGACAACACUGGUUCUUUGGCAGCUUUGCCUGCUUUAGGGGUAAAGGAAUAGGCUCUAGCUCUGUGAAAUGUUUUGUGCUUAGCUAUUAGCAUAUAGUUCUUGUAUGAGGAGAAGCAGUUUAAUUCAAUACAGAUUAAGAAACACAUCUGUUAUGUUCAGUAACCUAGGGUUUUUUUAACAUUAUUUUGAUAAGUAGACUUAUUACCCUAAAUUUGUUGUGUGCUUUUUAGCAACUCAGGGGUCCAGCAAUUUACCUUGGAGAAGAAUUAAAGUAAUAUCUAAACACUUUUUCGUAGUAUUCAUACUGUAUAUCUUUGUUGUCUCUGUUUAAUACCCUGUAUUGAAUGAGUUAAACGCUGCAUCUUAAACUAUAUUUCUAAUACCAAAGACUUAUGUAACUAUUCCAGAGCCGCUGCUUCUCAAUGUGCUUUCUUUUGCCUGUAUGGAGACCUUGCUGUCAUGCAGUGACUUAGUACAGUACUUUAAUUUGUAAUAUUUUGUACAUAUGUGAAUAUAAUAAACUAGUUAAUUUCUUGUUUAAA